AUGAUUUCAACAUUGAUUAUUGUUUGUACUUUACUGGUUAAUGCUGGAGCAAUAAUUAAUAUUAAUUUAAAACGAAGAGAAGUUGGUUUUAUUGUUGAUAAUCCAUCGAUUGGAGACAAAAUACGUGAAUUUCUGGGUAGUCUUCAAUAUUUUCGAAUAUUUAUUGGUCUUUGGAAUAUUUUAAUUAUGUUUGCUAUGUUUACUGUAUUUGGUUAUUGA